AUGGCUCACCAGGCAAGCAGCAGCGACAAGGCGGGUGCCUCUGCCUCUGCCUCGGCCCCGGGGCAGCACCAUGCCUGGAUUGGAAGCGCCGGUGCUGCUGGCACCGACCUCAGGAGUGACACAAUGACGACACCCACGGCCUCAAUGCUGGCCGCCGUUCAGUCGUGCACACUACUGGACGACGUCUUCCAGGAAGACCCCACCACCACGGACCUCGAGGCACACUGCGCGGCCUUGACGGGCAAGGAGGCUGGGCUCUUUGUCCUCUCAGGGACUAUGGGAAACCAGCUCGCACUGAGAUCUCUUCUGACGCAGCCGCCAUUUGGCGUGCUGUGCGACCACCGCUCUCAUAUUAUCAAGUACGAGGCUGGAGGCGUCUCUACCUUGACGGGCGCCAUGAUGAAGCCAGUCGUGCCAAAGAACGGCGUCCAUCUCACGCUAGAGGACGUCAAGGCCAACACUUAUCUCGACGAUGACGUGCACACGUGCCCCACGCGCGUCAUCAGCCUUGAGAACACACUCAACGGCAUGCUCAUGCCGCUCGACGAAGUGCGGCGCAUCUCGGCCUUUGCCCGCGAGCAUGGCAUCAAGUUACACUGCGACGGGGCGCGACUGUGGGAGGCCGUGGCCUCGGGAGCGGGCAGCCUGACCGACUUCUCGGCGUGCUUCGACACGGUUACCCUCUGCUUCUCCAAGGGCCUCGGAGCCCCCGUCGGCAGCAUCCUGGUCGGAGACAAGACCGUCAUGAAGCAGGCUCGCUGGGUGCGCAAGUACAUGGGCGGCGGGCUGAGGCAGCCGGGAUUGAUCACGGCCGCCGCGCGGGUUGCCGUCGAUGAGACCUUCGGCAAGGGCCCCAAUGGCGAGGGCGGCUUGCUCAAGGAGACGCACGUCCUCGCCAAGGAGAUUGCCAAGAUCUGGACAGACCUCGGGGGCAAGGUCGUCUACCCGGUACACACCAACAUGGUGUGGCUUGAUCUGGACGACGCGCAGUCGUCGUACGCCAGGUUAAUGGAGCUCGGGCAGGAGGCUGGCUUGAAGAUUUACGGCAACCGGCUAGUCAUCCACUACCAGAUCUACCAGAACUGCGGUUUUAUUGUGCCCAGACUAGGGACCAUAUUCGAGACCAUAUUCGCAGAGAAGGCGAAGGGUGCGGCGGCAUCCGGCAAGCCAGAUGGGGAGACAUCUAUGUACCGCGCCCAAUAA